AUGCUUCAUCAAGCAGCGUGUCCACAUGGAUUAAACCCGGAGGCGUCUAAUCUGAUGCAGCCGAUAUGCACUGGCUCCUCCCACCACACCACUGGCUCCUCCCACCACACCACUGGCCCCUCCCAUCCCACCACCCAGCAGCUCUCUGGGAAGGAGGCAAGGAAGGAAGGAGGCAAGGCGACGGGGUGUGUGUGUUGCCAUGGGGAUGAAAGGUCCUCUGAGCAGCUGCUGAUUCGCUGGCGCCGCACAGCACCAUUUUCUCCCCUUCUUCUCCCUCGCCACGCCGUCCAAUCACAAGGCGGAUCCUGGAGGAGCUUUUCCCCAGAGGACCUGCCGCCGCACGCCGGGGAGCGUGGAGGACGUUGGAGGAGAGGACACACUGUGGAGGACGUUGGAGGAGAGGACACACGGUCCUGUGGAGGACGUUGGAGGAGAGGAUUUCAGCAGAGGGCGAGAAGAUGCCUUUCAGCUGCUGAGUCGGAGGGUUCUUCCACUGCGUCAGCCAUGAAGUCGGAUGGUCUGGGGACUGCUCACAAGUCAGAAGAAGGACAAGCGUCCAAGGCGAAGGUCGUGAGGAAGCCGGCGGCAAGGCCAAAGACGUCGACUGGUGCGGCGGUUUUGAAUGGCGGUGGAGCGACGGCAGCGGCCAGGCAGCAGGUCGCCGGCGGACACGCUUCUUCUCGCUCCCGCGAGGUUAAGGAAACUGAAAAGAAGCCGAGCACGAGACCUAAAACUUCUCCCCCGAGUUGCACUGCAGUGAGGACGGCGAGGAGCUCGACUGUAAACAGCGCCGCUCACCACGUCACUUCGUCCACGUCCGGCGGGGCCUCGCCGGAAAACGGCGCCGGUAGCCCUCGAAACGGAACUCCAUCCCUCCCAGGAGUGAAGCCCAAACAGCAGGCCAAGCUGGUUAAAAAAGCAACACCGACAAAGUCAGAGUCCACAAAAACCAGCGGCUGUCCUCCCAACAAGUCCAGGGUAGGAGAAGGUGUCAAAUUCAAGACAGCAGAGGGCGCUGUAGCUGCAUCAAGAGCGGAACCCAAAGAUGCCAAGCAUGGACCUAUUGGGAAAAGGCUCGCUUUGUCCAGGAAAGAAUUAGACGGCAAGGAAGGGUUGAAAUCAUCCCUACCAAACAAACCACACAGUGAAACUACCAAGAAGGUUCUCACUGGAGCCUCACCUAAACCCGGCGCUAAACCCACCAAAGUCUCUUCAACUCCCUCAAAGCAACUUUCAAGUAAGUCAGGACCAAAACUGAAAAGUGCAACUGAGACUACUGCCAACACUGAAAAAGCCUCAUCAAAAUCUGGAGCAACGUUUAGAACUACUAAAGUGCCAGCUGAGGCAAAAGAUUGUGACAAAGGUGAAGAUUUGCACCAUGAAUCUGAAUCUGCUCCGCAUAAAAAUGAUGGUCGCAAGGGCCUGGCUAGCCCUGAGAAGACAGGAGCACAACCACUGAGGCAAGGCCAAGAUUCACUCGGCCUUCAUCUGGACCCAACAUCUACUCCCAGUGUCCAGAAGAAUGAAAUGCAGUCUGUCACCUCAAACGGGGCAGAGGACCUUAGCGCGGCACCGCGAGAAGUCAGACCCGUUAGUGCUGUUAGGCAACCUGAAAGCAACACAAGGCUACGCUCUCCAUGUACCCCCACAGACACCCCUUGCAGUAUGGGAAGCACAGGUACUCCUUUGGAGGACUCCUGGAGCAGCCACCAUCGAGUCAGCCCCGCGUCUGAAACUGGCAGCACACACUCCACAUCCUCGGACGACAUCAAGCCCCGUUCUGAGGACUACGAUGCUGGAGGCUCUCAAGACGAUGACUGCUCCAAUGACCGAGGCGUGUCCAAGUGCGGCACCAUGCGCUGCCAUGAUUUCUUGGGGCGCAGCAGCAGCGACACUAGCACACCUGAGGAGUUAAAGAUGUACGAAGGUGGGGCGGGGCUGAGAGUUGAAGUGAGGCUGCGUGGACGGGAGGUGGAGACCACCAGUGAGGAGGAGGGAGUGAAACGCCGUCCCCGUUCGUGGUUGCAAAGGGAAGAGCAUUCAGGGGCAGUUAAAACCACUGACAGUGUCCCCGAGCACCAAACCUCCGAGGACGAGGAAGAUGAUGAAGAGGAAACAGAGGAAGAGAGGUCUGAAGUAGAGGUGAUCCCCAGUCAGGGUCCAACUGAACCCUCGCCACAGUUCCAGGGCAUCAUCAACCUGGCGUUUGAUGAUGAAACUCUGGACCAGGAAAACGAUCAGCCAGACUUCCAGUCGACCUCCAACUUCCGUCGGUCCAUUUUGCUCUCUGUGGACGAAUGUGAGGAGUUGGGCUCAGAGGAAGGUGGCGCCCAGACCCCCCAAGACCCGGACUAUUCUGCCAACCCAGGUGAUGUUUUUGAGUCGGAUUCUUUAACUCCUCAGUCCCACUGUGCUCCAUCCCACUCGCCAAGUCAGUGUGAACAUUCAGGUAUCACGUACACAGAACAAAGUGAGGAACAUCAAGAGAAGUCCUUGGUAUUCCUUACCCAGGUUGAAGAGCAAACGCAAAAGGACGCAGAAAGGACCAGCCCCUCUCUGCCGAGCGCUGACACCAAAGACCCCCCACCCCAGGAGCGGCCAUGUCACCUUGACCUGCGGCACGCUCCACAGUACACUAACGGUACACCUCAGAAAAGUCAGGCAGAAACCCAGAAAACCGGUGUACAACUGGACUUCCAUGAGCCACAAAUGACAGGGGACUCUCCCGGUCACGCUGCACAAUCUCCGGCAGGCCACAUUGCUUGUGACAGAUUGGAUCUAAGCGGCAAACAUGAGCGGACGCCACCCAAAGCCCUCUCCCCCAUUUACGAGGCGGACGCGGGGGAAGCGUUUGAGCGCCGCACGGGCAGGAACAUUAGACGUCGGGCGGAGGAGGAAGGAAAGCCGAGAGGGGACGAUGAGCACGGCUUUGCCCAGCAGGACUGGAGCCUACUCAAGCAACUCCUCUCGGACCAGCAGUCCAAUCUGGGCGUCAUAAACCCGGUGCCCGAAGAGCUGAACCUGGCCCAGUACCUCAUCAAGCAGACGCUGUCCUUGUCGCGGGAGCGCCCUGACACCCGGGCCUUCCUGUCCCCGGAGAGGGAGACGUUCAAGCGCUGGGCUGAGCUCAUCUCGCCCCUGGAGGACUCGUCCACCAGCAUCACGGUGACCAGCUUCUCCCCGGAGGACGCCGCCUCGCCACAGGGGGAGUGGACCAUCGUGGAACUGGAAACACACCACUGACUGCGAGGAGGACCCUGCCGCACAAACAAGCCUCCAUACAGUAUUUAGCCAUACUGGUCCUGGUUUGUUCAGUGGGGAUGUUCUGCAUGCACAAGUGCUUACAUGUCACACACAAAGUGGGGGGGAAGGUUCUCUCAUGACACUUUGAGUCUAAAGGUACAUCAGCCUUUACGGAAAACUAUUAUCCGAUAUAGCCUUGCCUUUUGUGUCCACUUAUAAAAAUAAAGGUUUGUG